AUGCUACGAGGUCUCUUUAUUGCAUUGGCGUCUCUCUUUGCGCUUUUUGCGUUUUUGCUUCAACUGUUUACACUCAUCGGUCAAGUUUCCAAUCGCGUCUUCUUGCGCCAUCUGUAUUUGGCUCACGCUCAGAAUGCUCCGCAAAAUCAAGCUUACAAUAUGGGAUUAUGGAAUUACUGUAAUACCGACAUGAGUGGCAAUGUCAACUCGUGCGACUCCCCACGACCGGGAUACAACUGGGCAAACACACCGGGCAUCAGCCAAGCGUUGCCGAAUCAGGCUGGAAGUAAGCGGAUCAAGAGUCUCUUCUUGGCUUUGUUCGCCUUGGUCUUCAUAGGUAUGGGUCUCAGCUUCUUCUUAUGGCUGAUCAGUAUGCCUUUCUCCUGCUUUGGCCGCCGAGGCGUCAGUGCUUCAUUGUCUGGGUAUUCGUUCAUCAAUUUCUUGGUCACUUUGGCUUCCCUUAUUUUGGCACUGGUCUUGGCUCUCCGCGGUCUUCACAUUUUGAGAAACGCGGAUAGUAACUGGAACGGUUAUCUUGGAAACUCCAUAUGGUGUCUUGUCGGUGCUACCGCCGCCACCUUGAUGAGCUUUUUGCUGAACACCCUCAGCGGUUUCUGUGUCAGACGUCGUCGUGAUGAUGCUCGAAUUGAUCCUGCGGUCGGAGCCAAACAACCGCCUCCCGGAGACCCUUACCAACCCCAACCGGUGACUAAUGAACCCUACGCUGGUAAUCAACCUUACACUGGUGACACUGCUGGUCGUAAUGCAGUCGAUCCUACUGUUGGUCCCAACCCAGCCGGAAACCCUUAUCAGCCACAACCGGUGACAAACACACCUUACAAUACAUCCGCUGUCGGUAAUCAGCCCACUACUCCUAAUGCGUACUCAUCAGCAGGAUACAACAACCCCAACGCAGUUUAA